GUCAGCUGUGCGGUUCCAUGUCCGUCGCUUGGCAGGCGAAGAUUCAAAAUAUAAAAAAAGCUAAUUUACAUGAUGGACAAUAAUGCAACGCAAUACAAUGUACAACUAUAUAUUUACGAUCUAUCGAGAGGCAUGGCUCGCAGCCUCAGCCCCAUCAUGUUAGGAAAGCAACUGGAUGGUAUAUGGCACACAGCCAUAGUGGCAUACGGUGAUGAGUUCUUCUUUGGAGGGGAGGGGAUCUCCAGCUGUCCACCGGGUGGGACGAUGCUGGGCCCUCCAGACACAGUGGUGGAGCUGGGCGAGACAGAAGUAUCUGAGGAGAUCUUCAUGGAUUACCUCUCUGCCCUAGGAGAAGGCACAUACAGAGGUGACAAGUAUCGAUUGUUUGAGCAUAACUGCAACACCUUCACCAAUGAGGUGGCUCAGUUCAUGACCGGCAGCUCUAUCCCAUCCUAUAUCACCGACCUUCCAUCGGAAGUCCUCUCCACACCAUUUGGCCAGAUACUGCAGCCCAUUCUGGACUCCAUCCACAUCGCCCCUCCAGGAGGAAAUAUCAUUAACGGUGGAAGAACGCAGUAAUCUGAGGGAGCAGAGUUACCGCGGGGCUCACCAGGUCACUUCUACUGUAUCAGACUGUCAAACCAAUCGUAUUUCUUUCUGUAAAUAAGUUACACAUUAGCAAUGAAGCUAUAGGCCAUUUUGUAAAUUAUAACUGAUAACUAACCAGUACAUCCUUAAAAAUCAUCAUCUACAUAUAAUUUCCUCCUUCAAACCGAGUUGCUUCAUGAGAACUACUCAGAGAUUGUUUCAUGAAGUUUAAUGGUGCAAAUACGAAACACAGAUGUUUGGGUUUAGCAGCACAGCCGUGGAUUAAAAGUUAUUUUCCAAGACUAAAAGCUGAUUUUGAUCAAUGUUGCCUUGUUACAAAUACAUCUAUGUGGAGUCCAAUUUCCAAUUAAGAUGAAAUGUAACUAAGUUUAUUUAGAUUUUAGCGUGAUUUAUCAUUCACGUUAGGGCUGCCGGAUUAUCAGAUUUUUACUACAUGAUUAUAAAUCCAAAAUAAUUCACAGUAACGAUAAUGUCCUGUUAUCUACAGAACAUUUGAACAAGAUUUAAUUUAUAAUUAUAAUGCUAGUGGUCAAAUUCAACUUUAACUUUGUUUAUUGUGCAUUUUGUUUGGUUUUUGGCAAACUAUUUAUACUCAAAAUGAGGUUUUAAGGGGGUGGAGAGAGAGUCUGUAAUCACAACUGUAUAUAUAAAAUGAUUUAAGAGGUGCUGAAUUGUCAACGCAUUAUCAUAUUUGUAUUUUUAAUAUAACAUCAACAUUUCAAUUUGAAAUAUUAGUUAUCUUCAAUACCGGUAUAUCGCAACAACGCACAUUUUGAUUUUGCAAGCAUUUAUACUUUUACUUCUCAACAUAGGCAGAUUUCACUUUUCACUCCACUCCUGUAUCUGAUGGCAGUAAUUUAACCACCGACAACAUUAAAAUACCUCUUGCACAUUAGUGCUUUCUGCUUAUUUAGUGCUUUAGCUUUUGUACUUUGGCACAAGGUACACAUCCAUUUUGGAGUUUCAGAUUCCCCUCAGUGAUCCUUUUAUACCUGUAACAUUUGUCUUAACUAUUUCUGUUGAAUUCAACUCGACCUGACAUUAUCAUUUCAGUUGUCACAUCAUUUGUGAUAUGUCAAAGAGCAGGGGAUCGAUGCCUAACUUACACUGGCGUUAUGCGAUUAGAGGUGAUACUAAAACAUGUUGUGUAUGUCUCUAUAGCAGUACUGGGUUCAGUUCAUUGUAAAUUCACUUAUUCCUAUUUAUAUGAAAGUAAAUCCCGGUUGAUAUUGUUAAUGGUUGACUACAAAAUCCUAAAUUUUCCAAACAAUCCUAGUUUAAAAGUUUUGAAAAAAGUUUACUGUGAAUUACAAGAAUGUAAUUACAUCUUCUCUGAUAUAGCUGAAAGUAAACUGCACCACAGACCUGUUAUCUGACAGGUCUCACGUUUUUUACAAUUUGUACGUAGAUGUGACCGUAAUCAGGGCAACGUCCUAUACUAUAAUCUUAACCUGCUCGAGUCCUUUGACAGCCACCAGAGUGUGUUGAAUACACAAUACACCUCUGUGCCUUCAUUUCCCUGCUUGGUAGUUGGCAUCUUAUCGUAUAGCACAUAUGGUAACUCUAUGUGCAGUCCACAUUCAAAUCUACUAGUUCAUUUAUUGUAUAAAGGUCCAAAUUAUACACAGGUGAGGGGAAACGGGUAAGAAGUAGUAAGAAACCCUCCUAAACUCUGUAGGAAACUGUAGUUUACAAAAGCGGUGGAAAAUAUUCAGUAUUAAACAUCUGGAUCCAGUAACACUCAAAGCCUAUAAUCUCAGUGCAUUAUUCACUGCACUCUGCCAUCAGAAAGAACACGCAUUCUGUCUAGUUUCAAGAUAAUGCAUGGAUGAUUAUGUUUUCAGGUUCAUCUGAUUAUGACAGUGUUACACAAAUGUUGAACCUCGCAUGAAACUGAACGAAAAAUCAAAGAAGCACAGGAAAAACAAGACAUCUCACAGAAAGACUAAACCAGCAUUAACUUUCAUUGUGUUCUCCUGCAAUAAAUAAACCUCUCAUACCUUCUAA